AUGCCUCCCCCUCGUGUCAUAUCUUUCCUCACUGGUGCCGACUGGGCUGCGAAGGGGCCACAAACUCCAGCCCAACGGUUCUACGGCGCAUAUGCAUCUGCCAUCAAAGAAUUCGACCUAACCGCUCAUAGAAAACACCAGUUUUAUGCCGAACAUGCGAUUUUUCAUAACCAAAACGGCGUCGACUACCAUGGUACGGAGAUCUGGCCAUGGAUCAUUAAGUUAUUCGGUGAGUUUGCUCGUCUGGAACACGAUUUUCAUGCAGUCUGGGAACUCGAAAAAGAUGACGGCACCAUUCAUCUCAUUGCCCGGGUCACUCGAAACAUCUGGCUCCCGGUUCCGAUAUCAAUGGCUCGCCAACUAUUAGCCUUCCCUUGUCCAUGA